AUAUAUAACCAUUACAUAAAAAUAUAUUGUACUUGUAUUGAUGAAUAUUGAAGAAAUCAAUUACUUCUUCUCCAAAUUUAUUCGGUUACUUUGAUUUAUUUAUUUUUUCUGAGAAAAAUCGAAAAAAAAAAUAGUGAUUAUGAGUAGAGUUGAUAGUACUUUGGAAACUAUAAAUGCUGCUGCUACUGCAAUCGCUUCUGCCGAAAAUAAUCGUGUUCCUCAACCUUCUGUUCAGAAACGAAGAUGGGGAAGCUGGUGGAGCAUGUAUUGGUGUUUUGGGUCUCAGAAACAGACAAAGCGUAUUGGACAUGCAGUUUUUGUUCCUGAAACAACAGCCACUGGGGCAGAUAGACCUGCCGCUAAUAACUCAACUCAAGCUCCUUCAAUAACGCUUCCUUUCAUUGCACCUCCCUCAUCUCCUGCAUCUUUCUUGCCAUCUGAACCUCCUUCAGAAACCCAUUCACCAGUUGGCUUGAAAUGCAUGUCUACAUAUUCUCCCAGUGGACCUGCCUCAAUUUUUGCUAUUGGGCCAUACGCUCAUGAACCUCAACUGGUGUCUCCACCUGUGUUCUCUACAUUCACUACCGAACCAUCUACUGCUCCGUAUACCCCUCCUCCCGAGUCAGUGCACUUGACUACACCUUCAUCACCUGAGGUACCAUUUGCUAAGCUUCUUGACCCCAACCACCAAAAUGUUGAUGCUGGUCAGAGAUUUCCUUUUGCCCAGUAUGAAUUUCAAUCAUAUCAACUUCAACCAGGGAGUCCAGUGAGCAAUUUGAUCUCGCCUGGGUCAGCCAUAUCUGUAUCUGGAACCUCAUCUCCGUUUCUUGACCGUGAGUCUAAUCCUGGACGACCUCAGUUCCUGAACCUGGAGAAAAUAGCCCCUCACGAAUGGGGAUCUCGGCAAGGAUCUGGGACUUUGACUCCUGAUGCAGUAUACCCCAAAUAUCACGAUAGCUUCCUUCUCAAUCAUCAGAACUCUGGUGUUCCUCGUCUUCCAAAACCAUUUAAUGGAUGGAAAAAUGAUCAAACAGUGGUUGAUCAUAGAGUUUCUUUCGAGAUAACAGCAGAAGACGUUGUGAGGUGUGUGGAAAAGAAACCAUCAAUGUUGAUGAAAACUGGAUCAAUUUCUCACAACAAACGAGAGGAAAACCUGGCCGAAAUGUCAAAUGGACAGGAGUUGGACGGGCAUGAGCCUUCCAGCGAAAUACGCGAGGGAUCAUCUACUGACGGAGAGGAUGGACAGAGGCAUCAGAAGCACAGAUCCAUCACUCUCGGAUCCUCCAAGGAAUUUAACUUUGACAAUGUGGAUGGAGGAUAUCCUGAUAAAGCUACUGUUGGCUCUGACUGGUGGGCCAACGAGAAGGUUCUCGGAAAGGAGGGUGCGCCGCGCAAUAAUUGGAUCUUCCCUGUGAUGCAACCAGGUGUCAGCUAACUGGUUAUAUCGCUUUGGUAAACCCAGACCAUACUAAUAAGCUGCUGCUAAGCGGCCCUAAAGUUUCAAUACAACCAGCAGCAAAUACCGGAACUCUUGAUAUCAAAAUGUACAAGGACGAGGCGUUGAAGGUGGUGAUGAUGUGCAGCAGGACUGAUAUAGGAAUUGAUACGAAGGCUGUUUUUUUGGCACUUAAUGGACUUAGGAAAAGAUAGAUAGGGAUGUAUUUUAGGAAUUACCAUUUGAUAAACUAGUUUUGCUCUCCCCUCAGUGAGAGUUUUACAUUUAACUUGUAGUCUACUUUUUCGCCUUGCAGCUCUUCUAUGUAUAACAUAAAUAAUUUUUAAAACAGUGUAGAUGAUGAUGAGCAAAAACUCCAUAUCCGUGACCGCCCCUUCCCAUACCAUCACAUCUUCGUCA